UCUUGGAUCAAAGACUAUCAGAACAGUUCGUGUUUAGUUUCAGACAUUAUCGGCCUAGACUCCGUUAAACCGGGUUGAACCGGGUUAAACCGGGUUGAACCAAGUAAACCGGGGACCUUUGAGUCGGGAGAGCGGCGCGAGGCUGGUGGGCCGUGAUGGACCGGACCGCGCGCGCCACCGUGACUUUUGAGCGUCAGACAAACUUGAUUCUGGAGGCGGCGGUGCAGUCCGCCGUGCACGAGCUGCACGAGCACAGCCCGGCCCGGCUGGCGGGGGUCCUGGUCCCGGUGACCCGGCAGGUUCUCCGCCAGCUGGUCCAGGUCUUCAGGGCCCUGUACGCCAGCCUGGUGAAGGAGAACCAGGCGCUGCAGGAGAGACUGGAACAGGAGGACAAACAGAAGACACAGACACUUUAUAAGAUCAAGCCUUCAGGUGGCGCUGCGUUGUCUCUGAACGUUAACCAACCAGCUGCUGACCCUGCGGCCCUCGCCAUGGCGAUCAUCCGCACCGCCAGACGCAGAGCCGCCGCCGCUCCGGUUCCCCUGGUCAUCAUCAGCCAGCCAAUCACAGGCCAGAGCAGCCCCUCCCCCCGAGAACCGCCGGAGAACCCAGGACAAUCAGAGGCUAACGCGAACGUCCCGGCUAACGCUAAGACCCCGGCUAACGCUAACACCCCGGCUAACGCUAACACCCCGGCUAACGCUAACACCCCGGCUAACGCUAACACCCCGACUAAUGCUAACACCCUGGCUAACGCUAACACCCUGGCUAACGCUAACACCCUGGCUAACGCUAACACCCCGGCUAACGUUAACACCCCGGCUAACGCUAACACCGCGGCUAACGCUAACACCCCGACUAAAGCUAACACCCCGGCUAACGCUAACACCCCAGUUUACGUUAAUCCCCUGGCUAAAGCUAAAGCCCCGGCUAAAGCUAACACCAGGGCUAACGCUAACACCAGAGCUGAUGCUAACGCCCCGGCGGAUGUGACUCAGACGGACGUACAGAUGGAGGUGGAGAUAGAAACCAUCUCCACAGACAUGAUGACAUCACUACCUGUUGCUGCUGACCUGCCAACCAGAGAGCUUGCAGAGUCAGAAGCCCCGCCCACACCUGAAGCUGCUGCGGAAACAGAAAUAAAGAUCGAGAUGGUUGAAUCGACAGUGACAGGUAACACCAUAAGAAUAGAAAAAUGA